AUGAGACGUUUCGCUGCGAGAGAUGUGCGCUGCCUCGCCGCUUCCGCCAUUGAAGCUUCCUACCCGCUGCGCCGCUUCAAGAACGCCCGCAUCCCGCGCCAGCACCCCUCCCGGCUCUUCCACGCUUCCGCCGCGGCCCUGGCCGUGAAACCCUACCUCCUAGCAGAUAUUGGCGAAGGCAUCACCGAAUGCCAGGUCAUUCAAUGGUUCGUCCAGCCGGGAGCCCGCGUCGAGCAGUUUGACAAGAUAUGCGAGGUGCAGUCGGACAAAGCAACCGUCGAGAUCACGUCGCGGUUCGACGGCGUCAUCAAAAAGCUGCACUACGAGGCGGAUGAGGUAGCCAAGGUUGGAAAACCGUUGGUCGACAUAGACAUCCAGAGCGAGAUUUCCGAGGAAGACCAGGCCAUCAUCGAGUCGCCGGCAGAGGAGGCGCCGCAGACCUCCGGCGCGGUGCGAGAAAGACAGCCCGCACAGUCUGCUGAGGCGAGCAGCUCAGAUACAUCUGCCGUCGAAGCCAGUACGCAGUCUUCCUCGUCUGUCGAGAGGCCACCGCCCGGUAGACAUGCGAAUCUGGCUACCCCGGCUGUGCGACACCUGCUCAGGCAACACAACCUCAACAUCGAGGACAUACGGGGCACAGGAAAGGAGGGCCGAGUACUGAAGGACGACAUCCAGCGCCACGUCUCCGCCUCCAAAGAACAGGCAACAUCCGCCGCCACCACCACCACCACCACCACCAGCGGUCCCGCAUCCCCCCCGCCCUCGUCCGCCCCCAUCGCCGGAGACCGCGACGUCCCCCUCACGCCCAUCCAACGGCAAAUGUACAAAACCAUGACGCGCUCGCUCAACAUCCCGCACUUCCUCUACACCGACACGGUCGACUUCGCCUCCCUCAACCGCAUCCGCCACAAGCUCUUCUCCCAAUCCCCCUCCUCCCCCAAGCUCUCCGCCCUCCCCUUCAUCAUCAAAGCCGUCUCCCUGGCCCUGACCUCCCACCCCGUCCUCAACGCCUACCUCGACGACGCCACCGACCCGUCCAAGCCGCGCCUCAUCCACAAAGCCCAGCACGACAUCGGCAUCGCCGUCGACUCCCCCGGCGGACUCGUCGUGCCCGUGGUGCGGCACGUGCAGGCGCACAGCAUCGCCUCGCUCGCCGCCGAGAUCGCGCGGCUCGCGGCGCUGGCGCGCGACAACCGGCUCUCGCUCAACGAAUUGUCUGGCGCGACUUUCACCGUCAGCAACAUCGGCAGCGUCGGCGGCGGCGCCGUCGCCCCCGUCAUCGUGCCGCCGCAGGUGGGCAUCCUGGGCGUGGGGCGCGCGCGCCCGGUCCCGGCGUUUGCGGCGGACGGCGUGUCGGUCGUGAGGAGGGACGAGUGCGUCUUCAGCUGGAGUGCGGAUCAUCGGGUGGUGGAUGGGGCGACGGCGGCGAGGUGUGCGGAGGAGGUGAGGCGGUUGUUGGAGGAUGUGGAGGGCAUGGUUGUGAGGUUGAAGUGA